UACCAUACAAAAGUCCAUCACUUUCAGCCCAAUCUUUCUUCUCCUUUAUUCUACGCUUCCUUGAUUCCCCAAUGCGGAUUGCCUUCUUAUUUAACUUUACUAUUUCUUGGAAAUUUCUUCCGCCAUAGUCGUCGUCUCUUCCUCUUCUUCUUCUUCUCUGUUAUUUUACUUUUCAUUUCGCUCUCGUUUCAUACUUUUCGAGUAGAUAACAAUCCGUCGGAUCCUUUUACAUUAGGAAAGUGGAUGUAGUAUAAAUUGGAAGACAAAAGGAAGCAUAUUUUUCACAUUUUUUUCCGCAGUUAGUUGAUUAUUCUUCCAUACUUGUGAAAGGGGAAAGCUGAGUGCUGAUGGCUGAAUUGGUUGGUCCCCGACUGUAUAGCUGCUGCAAUUGUGGAAAUCAUGUUUGCCUUCAUGAUGAUAUCAUUUCCAAAGAUUUUCAGGGGAGAAAUGGCCGUGCUUUUCUGUUUUCUCAUACCAUGAACAUCGUCGUCGGUCCGAAGGAAGACCGUCAGCUCAUGACUGGAUUGCAUACAGUUGCCGAUAUUUAUUGCUCGGACUGCCGUGAGGUUUUAGGUUGGAAGUAUGAAAAAGCUUAUGAAGAGUCACAAAAGUACAAGGAAGGUAAGUUCAUACUUGAGAAGCCAAAAAUUGUAAAAGAGAACUGGUAGCUUUUUAGUGUUUUGGAUUGGAAGCAACCCUAUUUGUUCAACAUGGUUUGUGUCUCCUUCAUGGCUUAUUUGACCAUUUUGUACAUAUCUGUUGGUUUUGUCCAGUUUAGUACCCAAAGGUUGUGUAUUGGAUGCUUUUAUUUUGUCUGUGAAUAAAUUACCAUCCUUUGAAUAUUGAUAUUGCAAAUAUGGUAAUUAAUUGA